CGCAAGAUUCAUUCGGGCAACUGAUAAAAAGCUGCCGGCAGAAAAGUUGAAAGGGAGUCACACGGAUGGGCAGCCUGCCCACGCUUUGAUGCCGCUAAUCUAAUUGAGCUCAACUUUCUACUACAGAACACGGUGCCAAUUCGCCGGAGAAAGCAAGAUGUUGGAGUUGAACUUCCAAUGAAAAUCCGACAAACAAACACUCUAGAUCCGGUUGUCGCAGAAGUACCUGUCAUUCACAAUAAGACAAGUUUAAUUGCAUAUCAUCGGACCACUGCUUUGGCAAAAAUCCCAAGAUUGGUUCGCUAUAUUGACAAUGUGGUUGCACGGUCAAAUUCGAAGAUCAUUAUUUUCGCACACCAUAAAAUAGUCUUGGAUGCUAUUGAAGAAAAUGUUGCGGGAAAUGACAUCGAUUACAUUCGCAUUUUGAUGGAAGCACUAAACCAAGCGAUAGACAGCGACUAUGCAACAGUUUUCAAGCCCAAGAAUCCACAUGGUCGCGUUUUUACGCUCACUUUCAAACGCGUAUUACAACACCAGUGAGGUGUCUGCUCAAGAGGCAACUUACAACAUCCUCCAGCUGCCUAUGUCAGUAUGCAGCGACGCUGUGACGUUAAUACCGA